AGAAUUGUAUGGUCAUUAACGGAACAGAAUUAAUUGCGGUGGAUUGUAACGAAAAAUUCUCGGGAGUAUGUAUUUACAAUUUCGACUACUCCAUCGAGGACACUUAUUGUAGACAAAAAUUAGACGAAAACUGUUUUGCCAGUACAAUAGGUUUCGUCGACAAAUGUUUUUGCGUACAGAGUGGGAACCAAACCGAUAAAUCCUGUGAUAAACUAGCCGUAUUGAAAGAUCCAUACCAAAAGCGAAUUGUGGCAAAGAAUCUCUACCGCAAUCAAUUUUGUUGGAUAGGUAGAAAUUCUAUAUCAGACUUGAGCUUAACGACGCACCCUGAUUGGUCUAACCGGACAAAUCGCAACAGGAAUUAUAGCGUAAUAGGAAACGAUGGAAGAAUAUUUGAAUACGGAAGAGAGCUAGAUUGUGCUAUCUGCGAAAGAACUAUCAAUGAAAAUAAUCGCGUACGCCUGCAACUCAAACACAACCUUACAAGUAACUACAUUCAACUGGAAAUUUUUAACGCAAUUGAUGCAUAUCAAGGUGUCAUAUGCUUCACGGGCAACGUGAGGAAUUUUAUUAAUCUCACUAUGUCUACUGCUGAAUAUGUCGUAGUGCAUCUUUGGCCAUACAAUCAAGUUAAAGAAGAUACUUGGUGUAAAACCUUACAACUACCUCAUAUGGAUGUGGUAUUUAGCAAUCACAUUAAAAAGAACACGCAUGAAGGAAACAUAUUUUCUGUCACUUGGACCGCCCCCAUUACCAACAUUUCAUAUUCGGAUAAUAUCUCUUGUCCAUCUGUGAAAAGCGGCAUCGUAAAAUAUAUAAAAUUAGUAUCGCAGCUCACAAUUCACGAACUAAAUAAGACUGAGAUAGUGUGUCAUUUGCAUAUAAUUCCUACCGGCUACACUACUUUAGACGAGUACGCGAUUUUGAAAGAAGCGGUGAAGAAUUCGAGUCUUGUUUGUGAAAACCUAGGCAGUGUGAAUAUGUGCUUCGCAACCGAAAGCACAUCUGGAUCCAAAACGUUACAUUGGCCACAAGCGAAUGUUGGUUGUACGGUGGUGUCACAAGAGCUUUGUUUUCAAAGUGAUGGCCUUCCAGUGACCCGAACAUGUUCCGGAAACGGAAUCGCUGCGGCCCAUUGGUUACCUGUGGUUGGAUCAUGUGCAGAAGUUUCCAUUCCACCAGUUACGGUAUUAUUAAACGAAAUUCUUCGCGCGCCUCCCGCAACUGCAAGUAGGGAUCUUUCGCUUCUUACAGAUCAUGAGGAGAACCUCGACGCCUUCCAAAUUCAUUUAAUUUCUCAAAUACUAUCAAACAUGGCCACAAAUAAUAAUGUCAGUAUUAAAGAUACAAUGUCUACUGUCAGCAAUAUGAUGAAAUUUCCACCGAGCAAUUUAAGAAGCUCUCAAUCGCUUUUGAACUCCACGGAUAUUAUUCUAUGGAGCUUAGACGAAAUUCUCCUUCACGUUGCUACCAAAACGGACGCUAGUGGUUUCAUGAGCGAAGGGGAUGACAUGUUACUGAUGCAAGUCACGAAUCUAAAGAAGACAGAUAUAACAGGAUUGAAACUUCUAUCAUCUGACUCGCAAGGCUUCAAUAAAACGAGCUUGGAAACUUUGCGUCAUUCUCCCAGCGGCAAUGAAAUCGAGGACAAUGUAGACUUGGCGCUCAUAAUUCCUCAAGAUCUUCGCACUGAAAUUAUGGAAUGCGCUGGGUCUAAGGAAUCGCCGAACGUUAUUACGUCCAUGUUCCACAAUGACUUAUUGUUUAACGAGAAGGGCAAUGCAACUGGUAAAUGCGAUGGGAAAAUACUUAGCGUGCUAUUGCCCGGUUUUAACUGUACGUUUUCUGCUCCGCUGCAAGUGAUUUUCAGAGCAAACUCGACGUCAAACGGCGAAGUAAAGUGCGUAUCGUGGUCUUACGGUGUAAAUGAAAUGAUGCAGAGCAUACACGGUCAUUGGUCAAUAGAGGGAAGCCCAAAGGACUUGGGAAACUCAUCGUACAAACUUUGCGAAUUUUCGCAUACAACGCAUUUUGCUUUGCUAGUUUUAGGGGAUACGCAAAUCGGUGAGGGACAUACAAAGGCACUAGACGUAAUAACUGCAAUCGGAAGCGGUUUAUCUAUCUUAGGAGUCUUAGUUAUCUUGCUAACGGCAGUUCUGUUUAAAUCUUAUCGGGCAACAAACGGUGUCGUGAUUAAUUUCUCAAUGUCAAUGGGGGCCCAAAUUAUUUUUCUGUUCAUUGCUGGAAGUGCGGGUCACGAUUUAACGUUGUGCACGAUAUUCGGCGCUCUUUUGCAUUACGCUGUCCUUUCGCAGUUUUUUUGGAUGUUAACUAUUGCGCUGUUGCAAUAUCAACGUUAUGUUAUAAUUUUUUCGAGUCCGCCCACUCAUUUAGUUGCUAAAUCGUGUUUAUUCGCUUGGGGGGUACCUCUUAUACCAGUAAUAACGAUAAUUUCAGUAUCUACGGCAAAUUAUGGAAAAAAUUCUUCUGGACUUUGCUACGCUUUAGGAAACUAUUUUAUAUUUGGCGUAAUUGUGCCGAUUGUCAUCAUUACCAUUGUAAAUUUGCUUAUAUUUCUUAGAAUUAUGGUCAGUAUUAUUGCUUCACGUAGGAUAAAAGUUCACCAAGACAGAGCCCAAGCCUGCCUACUUCAAUUAAGAUUAGCAUUUAUGUUGUUUUUCUUAUUAGGUCUCACUUGGUGGUUCGGGUUUUUCGCAACGAUUGGGGGAGGUGUAGUGUACGCGUAUUUAUUUUGUUUGACCGCGACCCUUCAAGGUUUUGUAUUAUUUUUAUUCUUCAUAGUACUCAAUGAAAAGACUAAAUCGUUGUGGAUAAGUAUAACACGUUGUUGGCGCAAAUCGAAGGAUUACGAUGUCACGCAAGAUUCCGCAUCUUCGGUAAUGAUGCGAAGGAAUCAAAUCAAUUCCACCGAUUCGUGCACAGAUUCUACUAGUGACGUAUUACGUAGGCUUAAGAAUAGAAACACUUCCGAAUUUUAAAAGCUCUCUUAUUGGAAAUUACUGAUAUCUUGUACUGAAUACAUGUAAAGACUGUA